UUGUCUGCUUCAACACUCUCCUAAAUUCAAUGGAUUUGAUUGAUUGGGUUGAAGGUUUUCCAAGUUAUUGUAACCUUAUGAAGAACCUGAGGUAUGCAUUUGCCCACGUGAUGGGAAAUCAGGGCUCGGUACAAGGUAACUUGUUGAAGAAAGAUAUCAUGAAUAUGACUUCUUGUCUGCUGCCUUUUGAUUGGCAAUCCACUGAUGCUGCGCACGAAUACUGUGAAAUUUCUCUUAUGCGGCACAUGGAGGCCUAUAUGGGAGUGAAAAAGUGGGAUUGUGGUUUGAAGAAAAACGAUCUAUUGACAAUGGACAAACUUGCUUCCAAAUAUUGCGUGGAUAUAAUCAAAAGUGAUAUCAAUGAAGCAUCAGUCAUCAUAGACAAGAAAAUCAAAGGCAAAACCAGAGUUAGCUAAAGAUGAUCUCAUAUUCUUCUAAUUUCUGCAAAGAAGGAAAUGAUGGGUUGUUCUGCACUGCUGAUUCCAUUAGCGUCCUUGACUUCCGUCAGCCAUCUGGUAUUGGUCUUAAGAUACCUAAGAUUGGUGUAACUGUUCAGUCAGUAUCUUCUCGAGGGGAUUCUGUAUAUCUUGGUUGUAGUAGUGUUGUUUCAGCAGUAAAGAAAUAGGUGCAAUUUUGAAAGUUAAACAUUCGGUCAUUCUUUGUAAAUGAUCAAUUUUGAAAGUUCGGAAUUCAAACAUUUGCUCAUUAUUACUAAAUGAGCAAAUAUUAAAGUUUCAUUCAUUGUUACUAAAUGAGCAAAUAGGAGUCUAAACAUUUGCUCAUUAUUUAUAAAUGAGCAAAUAUCAAAGAUCUAAUUUAUAUUUGGUGUUUGAUA